AUGGAGACUCCAGAAGGAGCUGAACUCUGCUUUCCACAACUUCUUAACCUUUCCUGCAGGAAACCCAUGCCGCCUCAGUCUGAUGCCAUGCUGGUUUACAUUCUGCUGACCUCUAUCUCUCUGCUCACUGCAGCUCUCAACCUGCUGGUCAUCAUCUCAAUCUCCCACUUCAGGCAGCUCCAUAGCCCCACCAACCUCCUCAUCCUCUCCCUGGCAGUCUCAGACUUCCUUGUGGGCCUGCUGCUAAUGCCGGUGGAAAUCCUUUUCACAGAGACCUGCUGGUUCCUGGGUGACCUCAUGUGUGCUCUGUAUUAUUAUGUAGAUUUUAUUAUUACUUCUUCUUCAGUUGGAAAUAUGGUGCUCAUAUCAAUUGAUCGUUAUUUGGCUAUUUGUGAUCCUCUACAUUACACCAGCAGAGUUACACUGGAAAGAACAAAAAUCUGUGUUUGUCUGUGCUGGAUCUGUCCUAUUUUCUAUAAUAGUCUAAUUUUAAAGGACUUCCUGAGGCAACCUGAUUCUCAGAAUUCCUGCUACGGAGAGUGUGUUGUGGUCCUUAACUAUAUCACAGGAGUUGUUGACUUUAUCUUUACCUUUAUUGGCCCUAUUACUGUCAUCAUAGUUCUGUAUAUGAGAGUAUUUGUGGUGGCUGUGUCUCAGGCUCAAGCUAUGCGGUCCCACAUCACAGCUGUCACACUCCAGGGUUCAGUACGUGUAACUGCUAAGAAAUCUGAGGUGAAAGCAGCCAGAACACUUGGUGUUGUAGUGGCUGUGUUUCUAACAUGUUUCUGUCCAUAUUACUCUCCAUCCUUUGUAGGCCAGGAUAUUGAAGACAGUAGUUCAUCCUCGCCUUUUGUAGUCUGGCUGCUGUAUUUUAAUUCCUGUCUGAACCCGAUUAUCUAUGCCUUUUUUUACCCCUGGUUUAGAAAAUCUAUUAAACUCAUGGUUACACUUAAGAUACUGCAAACUGACUCCUGUGAUGCUAACAUGCUGUAG